GUCUCAAAUCAUGGCCCGACCCGAAUAAGAGAAAAUUCCGAUUCCCUGCCGGGUCUCGCACUACAACCAUAAUCAUAUGGAGGUUCGGUGAAUCGAUCCAAUUUCAACCGUUGCGAGAAAGAACUGGAAGGAGCCGGACAUGGCUGCCAAUUUCUGGACUUCAUCGCACUACAAACAGCUUCUGGACCAAGAAGAGGUGGAUGUUGUGCACCCUCUUGACAGGGAAAAGGGCAUCACUCUCGAAGAUUUCAAGCUUAUUAAGCUUCACAUGACCAAUUGCAUUGGGAGGUUGGCUAAUGGUGUGAAAUUGAGGCAAAGGGUCGUAGCUACUGCCGUUACAUACAUGAGGCGGGUUUACACCAAGAAAAGUAUGACUGAGUAUGAUCCGCGCCUGGUGGCUCCAACCUGCUUGUACUUGGCAUCAAAAGCAGAAGAAAGCAUGGUGCAGGCUAGAAUUCUUGUAUAUUACAUCAAAAAAAUAUAUUCAGAUGAGAAGUAUAAAUAUGACAUCAAGGACAUACUUGAGAUGGAAAUGAAGAUUUUGGAAGCACUUAAUUAUUACUUAGUUGUGUUCCAUCCUUACCAUGCACUAUCUCAGUUGCUUCAAGAUGCCAGCAUGAAUGAUACAAGUCAUAUAUGUUGGGGAAUUAUCAAUGACACAUACAAGAUGGAUCUAAUUCUCAUACAUCCUCCACACUUGAUCACACUAGCUUGCAUAUAUGUUGCAAGUGUGCUCCAAGAUAAAGAAAGCACUGUCUGGUUUGAAGAGCUUCGAGUUGAUAUGAAUGUGGUGAAAAACAUUGCGAUGGAGAUACUAGAUUUCUAUGACAGCCACCUAAAGAUCGGAGACGAGAGGGUAAAUGCUGCCAUGAAUAAGCUUCCUCCAAAACCAUAGAUUGUUGGCUCAUCAGCUACUCUCUUUGUAAAUACCUUGCAUGGUAACAUAUUUACUGGGACUUGUGGUCUUAUUAUUGAGUAGCAACUUUCUUGUUGGCGGGCUACAUUGAUCGGUGCGCUCCAGGCAGGGUAGCUUUUGUUGUGAGAUUACUGUGUGAUAUUCAUGAGAAAAAUGGCAGGCACUAACAAUAGUUCAUCAGAGUCCUCUUCAAUGGGAAGUUGGAGUUGAUCAGUCUGUAGCAUGGCUUAAAAUGUUUGGCUGUCAAAGCUUGUAGAUAUCUUCUUUGACAAUAGGGUCCCUUGAGAACAGAACAAUCUUCCAUGGCAUGUUAGGCCUUUUGUAAAUCAGCAGAUCUUAAUGUAGCUUCAAGUAUGUUAAAGAGUUACUAGCAUUGACUUCUCUCUUGAAUAGUUAGUUACUGGAAGGUGAGAUGAGCAUACUCAUGUUCUGAAAGUUAUUCUGACUUUGCUUUUAAAAUUUUUGUGGAAUUCUGAUCUUCCAGAUCAUUUUCUCAAGGCAAAGUGGCUGUAGUUCUGUAUCCAUGCAGAUGCAGAUGGCAGAAAGAGAGAAGGGUGGCAACAACCCAGUCAACCGAUUCAAAUUAACUAUAUAGUCAAGGAUGAAAAGGAAGAAACCAAACAGUCCCUGUCAAGGUGGUAGUUCAAGUGAUUACUGAUGGGGGUGGCAGAGUUUUUACCGUUGAGAAUUUGAAUUUUGGGGAUGCACUUUCAAUACCUCUUGUGGUUGAGUGGUAUCUAGGUUAUUCGGUCUACAAGUUUAAUAAAGUGAGAAGUUGUAAUGUUACUAAAAAAGCCUUAAUAUGGGAGCGUUACUUGAGAAUAAUAGAAGAUUAUUUGUAGAUUGAAUUUUUA